AUGAAAAAUUCAACAAACAAUACAACUGAAAAAUUGAACAAUAAAGAAAGAAAAAUGGCUCGAUUACCACCCGAUAGUUUUAGUCAAAUGAUUGCCUUUAUUGCAGUUGCUUUUGGUGUAAUAGCUUUAAUACUUGCUUGUGUUGGUAUUGGUACACCGAGAUGGUAUUCAGCUUUUGUCUCAACUGGUACUGGAACAUAUGCAAAAACUAAUAGUGCUACCUUUUUCUAUACAUGCGAUGUUUCAACGAGCGGCGUAACAAACAAUUGUACAAAUCGUGAUAGCAGUCUCUAUGGCUAUCCAGGAUAUAGUUCAUCAAAUGCAUGGAUGACUGAUUACAACCAACGUAUGCAGAAUGCCGGUUCUCUAUGUAUUGUUGGUAUUCUCUUUCUUACUUUUGGCAUAGUGGCUACAUCGAUUAUGGCACUUCGUUACUUUUCUGCAUGGGCUACUUCUAUUCCACCAGCAUUAUUCUUUCUUGCAUGUCUUUUUAUGCUUGCAGGUAUGGCUGAAGGUGCUCGUUAUCUUCUUUAUAAUGAUUAUUCAGCUAAUCUGUAUCAAACAGCUCAUUUACUUACUAUGUUCGCUCUCGCUUUGACUGCUUUUGCUGCUGGUCGUGUUCAUUUCUCGCGCCGAACCGAAGCUGGUCACAAUACUCCUCAUAAUGUUGCUUGA